UUGACAUUCAUUGUCAUAUCGCGCAAUGUGUAUGGUGUUUUUUAAUGCGGGAAAUAUUUUAGGGAAAAAUUAAAAUUUUAAUGAAUCGAUAAUGUUUUGAUUUUAAGAGAUAAUAUUAAUUGGAAGAGUUCGAUAAAAACGAGCGCUAAAAAAUGGCUGAACCUCCAAAAGGUGAAAUAGAUGAAAGGACAGGUCUGAAGAAAAAGCCACCAAGCGGGUACUGUUUGAGUAUAAUGAACCAUUUGAAAUGUUGUGUAGGAUCGGGAAUAUUUGCUCUAGGAUUUGCUUUCAAAAAUGCUGGGAUGAUAUUGGGACCUCCAAUUUUGGUUGUAUUAGGACUUGUAGCUUUGCACUGCCAACAUAUGUUGUUACAAUGCGGGCAAGAAGUGGAAAAACAUAUCGGCAGAAGACCGGACCUGGCAGAAACUGGCGAGGGAGUUUUCAAGUACGGACCUGAGAAAGUGAGGAAUAUGCAGAAGUGUAUGAAAGUUUUCAGUAACGUCCUACUGAUUGUAACUCAAACUGGUGUACUAUGUAUCUAUACCGUGUUCUUUGCAGACAGCAUGAUGAGGGUGGCUGAACAUUGGGGCUAUACCGAUCUGAGCAUUCAGAUGUGGGUUCUUAUAGCCUUCCCACCUAUUGUUAUUUCAUCAAGUUUAUUGGGAAACUUGAUGUUAGUCGGAUUUCUAUCACUCUUCGCUAAUAUACUGGUACUGCUGGGAAUCAUAAUAACUAUAUAUUUAACAUCUACGAAUCUGCCAGAAGAAUAUACUUUCGAAUGGAUUGGUAAUAUGCUACAACUACCCAUGUUCAUUAGUAUAGGAAUAUUAUCCUUCACCGCCAUACAAGUUGUGUUGCCUAUUUACAUCGAAAUCGAUGAUCCAGCGAAAGUAUCUUCUUUCUUUGGAGUACUCAAUAUGGCGCUAUUAAUUGAAAUGGUUCUCACUAUACUGAUUGGAGUUCUUUCGUACCUCAAAUACGGAAAGGACUGCCGUGGAAGUGUAACUCUCAACUUCGAGAACGGAAUAGCAGCUCAAAUUGUGGUUAUAUGCGUUGGAAUAUCAGUUAUGCUAUCUUACACAUUGAAUAUUUACGUCGUCAUUGAAGCCCUGUUCCCAAUCAUGGCGGAGAAGUGGGGUCCUUUUCGUUUUCCAAGGCUUGGGAUCUUUCUCUUCAGAUUAGGGUGCAUUAUCUUCACAUUUAUUCUAUCAUGGACCCUCCCAAUGUUAGGGCAAAUAGUAGCUCUGGCCGGAGCCCUUGGUAAUACCUCACUAAGUAUAAUUUUCCCCGCGUUUUUCCACGUUGUACUAAUGUGGGAAAAGUCUUCAGUUUGUAUUAAAAUCAAAGAUUUCCUGAUUUUAUUCCUAGGAAUAUUCAGUCUUAUAGCAGGAUUAGUAGCAGCAAUAUUGGAUAUCAUCAAAGAAAUAGAUAAGGUUUAUAAUCCUCAACAAUCAACAACAAUACCAUCGACAGCAACAACUUAGUAUUAAAUCUACUGUAUACUUUAUAAAUAAACAAUUAUUAAUUUGCUGAA